AGAUUCCCUUCCGACGCUCUGAUUGGUUGAAUUAUAAAAGAUUUGUAAAAGAGAAAGAAACUUUCGAAAUAAAGUGAAUUUUAAGGAAAACUGUGAAAAUCAUGGAUGAUUGGGACCAGUUCCAACACCAAAUGGAUCUGGAUAUUCCAGAAAACUUGGACCUCAACGAAAUUUAUGCUCUCAAUGAGGAAAAACUAUUGAAUAUAAUGGAUGAAACCUUCUUAAGUCAGUUAAGCUGGGAUGAGAAUAAUCCAGCUCCUGCAGGGUCUCAAAAUCAAGAGGUUGAAAUUAAAAGUGAAGACGUCGCAAUGACUUCAGCUCCCGUUACAAACGCUUUCAGUGAAAUCACGCAAGCUAAAGCGUUAUCAGCACAACCAGCAUCAAAGCCACAAGCUGCUAAAGUGUCUCAGUAUCAGCCUAUUAAACCAGCAACAGCACAAAGUAAACAAAAACAAAAUCAAGGUCAAAAUGUAAAAAUUCAACCACAACCGAUUGCUUCUGCUGUACCCACAUCAGUCAUCCUUACAAAGAACCAUCCAAACAUUAUAACAACAACACCAUCUACAAUCGUUCUACAGAACUCGAAUUUUUAUAAUUUAAAGACAAUUGCUCCAGCAAAUCAAAAAGUUACAAAACAGCCGCCAAUUAAACAGCAAAAAACAGCAACAAUUCAACCAACACAAGCUCUGCCUGUUAUGCAACUUAUUCAAACGACUGGUGAUAAACAACCCAUGCUACUUCAAGCUAAUCCCGUCAUGUACACAACAACAACAGCGUGUAAUGAUGGACAAAACAUUCAAUUGGUGAACGCGCCAGGAACAAUUGUUCUUAACUCGCUUGUUCUUGAUGGAGAAAAUAAUUUUUCUAUUGGCAGUGGACCACCAAAGGUGAAGGAAGUGAAACGAUCAGCUCACAAUGCAAUUGAAAGACGCUAUCGAACAUCAAUCAACUCAUGUAUUGUUGAAUUGAAAAACAUUGUCGUUGGCGUUGACGCAAAGCUGCACAAGUCAGCAAUUUUAAGGAAAGCGAUUGAUCACAUUCGUCACUUGCAGAAUCAAAACAAUAAACUGAAGCAAGAGAACAUGUACCUUAAGAAUGUGAUGACUGAAAGGAAACACGGACUCAAAGAUUUACUAUCAGCUCAACAGAAUGUUGGCGUCAUGACACCACCAAGAAGUGACGAAUCAAAUCCUUCCCUUUCACCAACACAUUCCGAUUCAUCAAUGCCAUCAUCUCCAUUUGAUUCUGGAAUGAAAGACGAUUCAGAUGAUAACAGCAGUGACGUGUCAUCAGUUCGUGGAAUGACAGCACAUUCAAGGCUUACUUUGUGUAUGUUCAUGUUUGCUGUAUUCGUUCUUAAUCCAUUUAGUAAAAUGUUGAAUGGGAUUAGUGGAAGUUCAAGUCAAUUUGAUGAUAAUUAUUCUGGAGAUACGGGACGAAAGAUUUUGAGAUGGUGGGAGGAUGAUUCUGGACACAUGUCAUUGCAAAAUGUUUCAUCAAUGUUCAUGUUAUGGCUGCUAAACGUUCUUUUCCUUAUUUGUUGUCUCAUCAAAAUGCUCGUUUAUGGCGAUCCAAUACUGAGAAAUCAAUCAAAUGAGAGUAACAAAUAUUGGAAGCAUAAAAAGCAAUCUGACUUAGAUUUUGAAAGAGGCAAAGGAAAAGAAUCGUAUGAGGAACUCGUUCGUUGUUUACAAUCAUUUGGAUUAUCAUUGCCAAUGUCACGUUUAGAGCGAUUUGCAUCAACAACCUGGCAAUUUAUUCGAAUUGGACUUCAUCGUCUUUGGAUUGGUCGAUUCUUGUCACGUCGUAAUGGAGGAAUCUUCAAAUCGGAAGCUUAUCGUGUUGAAGCUUUGAGUUCAGCUAAAGAACUUGCUCUUGUUUAUCAUCGUAUGAAUCAACUUCAUCUGUCGACAAACAUGAAAGACUCAAAUGGAUUAAUGUUGUCGUUAUGCGCAUUGAACAUGGCAGAGGCAGCUGGAAAUACGAUGGAACCUGAAAAUCUGAUAGAAAUUUAUUUAACUGCUGCCUUACGCGUUAAACGAACUUAUCCGAAAGUCUUUCAAUUCUUUUGUCGAUACUAUUUGAGUAAAGCGAAGCAAACAAGCUUAAGUUGCAGUCACGUUCCAUCAAGAUUCCAAUGGGCGUUUACACCAUACGGUUAUCGCUUUUUAGUCACUCAUCGUUUCCGUUAUGAAAGUCAAAUGCCUGAGACGUCGGUUUUCAGUAAGUUGGGAAAUAAAGCAGAUCCACUUUCAUAUGUUUUGAGAGAUUAUCGUGAACAUUUAUUGGAGAAAGCAAUUCAAUGUCUUGUCGGAUCAGGAUCGAGUAAAAAUGAAGUCACAAAAGGAUCAUCGAUUAAAUGCAAUCGAAAGGAAAUAAAACAAACGCAAGAAGCUGAAGCGAGUCCAAAUUCAUCAGCUGAUGAAGCAAGUGAUGGCAUUGAAGGUGAAAUAUCACUCAAAGGAUCACAGAUUAGUGACGUGCUUAGCUAUGCUGAACUCAUUAAUCACAGCUUGUCAGAUGAGAAGCCAAUUCAAUUUGCUGAUAAAGUUGCUUCGUUAAAAGACGGACAAGUUCUAUGCGAGGAUCGUUUAACUCAAUGGUGGUGCAGUCUUUUAAGUGUUGCUGCUUUCUGGCUUCUUGGUGAAGACAAUUCAGCUGAAAAAUUAUAUUCGUUCAUUGAAAAGUGGCCAGCCGACUUCACUGGCUUGGAAAAUAAUUUGCCAAAAGCUUUGUUUGCUGCUUGGAAUGCAAGAAAAGGAUUAAUGUCGAAAGGAGUUCCAGCUGAUGUUCGUCAGAUUUAUCGUGACUGCAAUGCUGCAAGUCAUUAUCUUGAAGACAGUCUCACAACGACAAAAUGCAAAGGACCUUUGAAAGGAAAAAUUCUUUUUGCACAACUUUUGGCAAUUGAUUGGAUUAUGGAAGCGAGAACUUCUUUAUGGGAGUUGGAGUAUGGAAGUUAUGACAAUGAUUAUUAUAAUUUCGUUCCUGUUGAAUCGUCAAUCCUGACCAAAUUCCAAAAUGAUUUGCACUUGCUUCGAUGCUUAACCAUCAAUAUUCCUAAUGCACAGUCGAGAAUUUAUCUCUAUGAAGCUGUGUUACGAUUGAUGUCUGGUGCAGCUCCAAUUAAGACACAAUUCCUCCUGGAUAGAAGUCUCCGUCAACGAAACAGCAAGCAAUCAAUCAUUUGUGGCUCAAAAGAUCGUCAUCAAUAUGAUGGCGAACGUGAGAGAGCUUCAGCUUUAUAUGUUGCUGUCAAACAUUUACCGCAAGCUUGUUUGUCAUCACCUGGUGAACGAGCUGGAUUGCUUGAAGAAGCUUGCAGAAUAAAUGAGCGCUAUGGUGACAAACAUCGACUCAAAGAAUGCUACAAAUUAAUGCGGACUUUGGGAAACACCACAGUGACUAAUUAAUUAACUUCUUAAUCUCAUUUGAAACAUUUUAGCCUUAAGUUGCUGUUUUUAAUAUUUAUUUAAGAUAUUAAGAAAUGUCGCAGCGAUUUAAAUGACAAAAUUGUUUGAUUUGUCAUGAAAUGAUCGCAACAAAACCUGAAAGAAACAAACAAAAAAGAAAAAUAAUAAAAUUAUUAUCUAUAACUAAUUAAAAUAA